AUGUUCUCAUCGUUCUCUUAUCCUCACUCGCCAUUCUCGGUCUUCUUUUCCGUCAACUCAAUGUCUCGUAAGAUUCUCAAAUGUCGCUCUAACAAUUUUCGGGUACCUGUGGAUCCAUUAGAGUGGCAAAUAUCACAGGAUACAGCCAGUAACAUCGUUGCACGUUUAGCUAAUACCGUUGGAGCAGCUGAAUCCGUUUUGCGGGUUGCAGCAACGGGUCAUCACAAGCGGCUAUUUGUUAAGGUCGUCAUCUGUCUUUACUUCUUGGCAGCUCUGGGACGAAUCAUAUCAGGUGUGACCAUUGCUUAUGCAGCAUUUGGUAAAGAUGAAGUAAAAGAAGCGCAAUACGAAGUGGAAUGA